UUGGCAACAGGCUGUGGGAACGAGAUUCUGCCUCUUAACCUAUUCUUUACAAUUGAUACCUACUUUAAAAAUUGGUGCAACUAUACUUAAAGAAAGAAAGUAUAUAUGUACCUUUAAACGCAAAUAACGUUAACUGGCACUUUCAUUAGUUUUGGACACUUGCGUGUUUCUUAUUUCGCAAUGUCCGGGGCUUAUUGUAAAGGUUUAUACCCCUUUAGCGGAGAUGGGCAUGAACAAGGACUGAAUUUCGAGGUUGGCGACGUUAUUAAACUGAUUCAAGCACUGGACGGUGGUUGGUGGGAGGGAGAAAGAGACGGUGUAAGAGGAUGGUUUCCUGCAAGCUACGUCCAGGUAGUAGAGAAUUCAGCAUCCUCUAGACACUUAGCUGGAGACGAGUUUGAGAACGCCCCCCUCCCCCAGAGCUGGAAGUGCUUCAUGUCACCCCAAGGGCGCAGAUACUAUGUCAAUACCACCAGCAAUGAGACCACAUGGGAACACCCUGCCUCCACCCCUGCGAGACAUAAGAGCCCUGCAAAACCAAAGUGCUCUGCAGUUAAUGGUUACCACCCCAAAGGAAGUCCUCUGCUUCAGCAUAACCAUCCCCAUGUGGCCCUGAGGAAGCCCAGUGUUGACAGACAGAGCCCAGGGUCCACCUCACCCUCCCGGAGAUCUGACACGAAGGACACGAAGAUAACCAUCAACAGUGUCACCUUCCCGCUGCCCUCUGCAGCCCCGGAGCAGCCUCUGCUGAAGCCGGGUGACUGGAGUUACUGCGACUAUUUCUGGACGGAUAAAAGGGACCCACAGGGUGGCACAUGUGUCUCUGGCUUUGAGAUCCUGCUGCAGAAGCAACUCAAGGGAAAGCAGAUGCAGAAGGAGAUGGCCGAGUUCAUGCGGGAAAGAAUAAAGAUAGAGGAGGAGUACGCCAAGAACCUCUCAAAGCUGUCUCAGGUCCCCCUGGCAGCACAGGAAGAAGGAACACUUGGAGAGGCAUGGGCUCAGUUGAAAAAGAGCCUGGCGGACGAGGCUGACGUCCAUCUCAAGUUCUCUGGCAAGCUCCACAGCGAGGUGGAGAGACCCUUGCUGACAUUCCGGGAGAACUUCAAGAAAGACAUGAAGAAGUAUGACCACCACAUCGCUGACCUGCGGAAACAGCUGACCAGCCGCUACUCAGCGGUGGAGAAGGCCCGCCGAGCUCUCGCUGAUAGGCAGAAGGACCUGGAGGUGAAGACCCACCAGCUGGAGGUCCGACUCACCAACAAGACCGAGGAGGACAUCAAGAAGGCCCGCAGAAAGUCCACACAAGCAGGUGAUGAACUGAUGCGCUGUGUGGACCUUUAUAAUCAGGCCCAGUCCAAAUGGUUCGAGGAGAUGGUCACCACCAGCCUGGAGUUGGAGAGGCUGGAGGUGGAGCGGGUGGAGAUGAUUCGCCAGCACCUGCGGCAGUACACCACCCUGCGGCAUGAAACGGACAUGUUCAACCAGAGCACUGUGGAGCCCGUUGACCAGCUGCUGCAGAGCGUUGACCCCGCCAAAGACCGAGAGCUGUGGGUGAUGGAGCACAAGACUGGGGAAAUCCGCCCUGUGGAUAUGGACAUCUAGAGAUGGUCCACCUCCUCUCCAUUAGAGGAUGCUUUCUCUUUUAGAGGCAGCAGAGGAUUCUUCUCAGCAGAUCACCCUCUGCCUGGCCAGAAGAGACUGCAUCUUUUACUAUUACUGAUUUCAGUGCAUGAAAGGGGUGUGAAAGAAUGGCAUCUCCUAAAGAGUACUGACAGAUCUCUGAUCUGGCAGGAUCUCAUGCCAGUAUGUCACCAGUGAAGAGACAGAGAAGACUGUUACAUCCCAGGAACCUCAGACUGUCAUUUCUCACUGAAGGUCACACCAUCAGGCAGACAGUGAAACAUCCUUGGCUGCAAAGGUUUCACCCAAAUCUCCUCUUUGGCCUACCUCCUUCUGUAGACUGACUGCUCAGUUUACCUGCAUCAUUUUUUACUGUGUGUAUUAUCACUAUGAUCUUUUCUGUAUCUGCAUAUUUCAUCACUUGAAAUUUUUCUACAUAAAAAAUGUAUGGAAAACAGGCAGAUCAAAAACCAUGAAUAAUAUGGGAGUCACAUCUUGAGGACAGCCCACACAGGAUGAGUCUGCUGAUGUCAUGCUCACAUUGAACACAAAAGCCAUCCACUGUACACUGUUUUUCAGUUCAUUUCACCAGCUGUGCAGAAUGGUGACACCUACCAAUCAGUGAAACUGACUGCAGCAGGUCUGACUUGCCUACAAGUAAAUAUGACCUUUGAUGGACAAUUAUGAACUGCAUGAACUGUCCCCAGGAGCUCCUGACCACUUGAUUCUAGGCUCAUCUUUGUUCUAAAUACUGGAAGAUUACAAGUGCAUUAACUCUUACAAGUUGCAUUAUAUAUUUGCAACAGGAGUUUAUUUGAAGCUCUAACGGGUUUCUUCUAAUGUCUAUGGACAUCUGUCAUAAACUCAUGUGAAUGCAGAAGACGCCAAAGUCAUUUUAUUGGGUCUAUGACAUCACACAAAGGGGGAGACAGACCUCCAAACACUUUCUGUGUUGCUUUUUGGUAAUGUAUAACACAUUGUGUACAUUUUUCUGUAAUCCUUAGCUGAUAUUUCGAAGGCAGAUCAUAUUAUCUUCUGACUUGAUGAAAUUACACGAAUGUGCUUUCUCUUUGUUGCCAACUGGAUGUAGCUACCUAGCUGUAAUAUGAUUGGCCAGUCCAUUUGGCUGUCCAGUCUCUCACCUGUGGACAUGCCACUCAUACACAGGCUGUAUUCUGAACCAUACACUUACAUGCUGGGCAGUAUACAACAAUGCCACCAUGUUAAUUACAGCCCCCAGACUAAGUAUGCUUCAGCAUACCCCAGAUUCAUUCUCAUGUGCUUG